AUGCCUCCCAAAAAAGGAAUGCGUAAAUCAAUGCCGGCGCGCAUUGUUCAUACUACAUUCACUCCAUCGCGACGUUCACCACGAGUCCCCACUCCUACGAGAGCUAUAAAUGAGAGCGAUUAUCCGACCAAAACUAUUGAUUUAGCUACCGAUCCCUCCUCAGAGAACCUUGUGACAUUUCGGUAUUAUGAUCCCAAGACCCCGCCUCAAAACGACUCUUCAAAGAAUACGUCUCCUGACGUAACUUCAACUGGCCGCCGAACUUUCCAGGCUCGUCCAUCUCGACUAUCCAACGUUUACACCCCGGUGGUGGAAACACCCAACUCCUCCAGUCAAGGCAGCCGGAGAACUCGCCGUUCGGCUGCUCUUGAAACUCCACAAAAUCAACUGUCCGAUCCUGACGCCCCUGAAAGUCUUGGCUCCACUGGCUGGACAUACGACCAAUACAUGGGAUCACACGACGACAUGGCUCCUGCCUCUCCCAGUGCUGCUUCCUCCAAGGGAACUCGCGCUUCUGCUCGCCUCCGCAAGCCAACAUCCCGUGCGAUCGAAGCCCUGGCAUUAAAGAAGAAGCCCCGCAAGAGAGCAACCCCCGCAUCUGCCAAGAAUGGAACGACUGAGCCCGAGGCCCAAGUCCUCAAUAAGACCACUCCCAAGUCUGGAAAGGGCAAAGGCAAGAAGCUUAUGAAGCAGAAGAAAUCUUCUCUUUGGAGCAUUGAUCUCGACACGGAAACCGCAGGACGAAAGCUGUACGAGAUCACCUUGGUUGCAUUGGGUGCCGAUUUCGAACUUCCCUCUGAUCCAGAGUGGUUCAUCGCCAACGCUCGAUUUGAAUAUUUCCAAGCCAAAGAGGGCUUACAGCGCGCUCGUGAGCCUUCUGCUGGAGAUGAGAAUCAACCCAACCUGUACGACAGCGAGACCGACACCGGAAGCAUCCGGCAAUAUAAGCAGCUGUCGACACCACAGAUUGACGAAGAUGGCUGGGCACGAGUCGGCCGCAUCAACGAACAUGGUGAAGAAAUUAUUUUCCCCCCAGGUGACCACAGCCCAUACUGGCCGCCUCGCACUUACAACGACGACACGUUGCCGUAUCCACCUGUUCGUUCUCGAUCAGAGAAGCAAACCCAGAAUGACAACUCCUUCGGAUUCCCUCCCUUGAUGGGUGAUCGCAACAUUCCCUUCGAUGCCCAUUCUCACUUUGUGCCAGAGGAUGUCACUGAAGAGCUGGCUCGGGCUCAAGCACGCGGUGAAGCUCGUCAGAAGGCACUCCCUACUCCGACUGAACCCAGGAAGCCUCGUUCUGCCAAGCAGCGCCAGACUCAACCACCCAUGGUCGACGGUCCUGCUCCCCCUGAUGAAACCGAAAAGCCAAAACCCAAGCGACGCGCAGUCAAACGUGCCUCUUUGCCAGCACCCACGACGCGGAAAGCAGCACCUCCAACCAAGAAACCCCUCGCUCGGUCUGCCAAGGCAGCCUCCAAGACCGCUCCGGCUCCUCUCCCUGCCGAGACUGACAACGGAGAAGGUUCAUCACAGGACCCGCCUUUCAGGCCCAUUCGUCUGGUUCUCACUGCUCCGCGACCUGAAGGGAAGACCAACGGCAACAAGGAGCCAGAGACCGAUGAGGAUGCAAGUAUCAAGAAGGAAGGGGCAUCUCCGACUUCUGUCAAGGGGAAGAAGCGAACUGCCGAUUCGAUGAACGGACCAGCGGGAGAGACUGCUGCUGCAAAGCGCGCUCGCCUUGCAGGCACCGAUGGCGAAUCUGGCCCACAGAAAGGCCGAAAACGUGCAGCAACCACAACUACAACUACGCCGAAGCAACCGGCUGCCUCGAAAGCCAAAGGCCAAAGUGAGGAGUCGCCGCGACGAAAGGCAACACCAUCUCGGGGUCGGGGCCGAGGUCGUGGUGGUCGUGGUCGAGGCCGUGGUGGAAGCUGA